AAUUGUGCAUAACCAUAUAAGCCAGCUUGUACAGCAAAUGAGAAACACAGUAGUCUCUUUCUCGAAAAGUAACUUUAUUAAUUUAGGCAUCUAAGUAAAGCACGACCUCUUUUUGAAUCCAUGUCUAUGUUCAAAGGAGUAGUCCAUCCUCUGCUUUCCUUAUAAAUAGUGUAACAUGAGAGCUCAAGUUCGAACAAGCUUAAUCUUCAAUCUCAUUUCUCCCUUUCAUACUCCUCCUCCUCCUCAUAUUUCCAUCUCAAUAAUACCAUUGGAUCGAAAUUUAGUUUCGAUCCGAUGGUUUUUUGAGGUUUUCGAUUGAAUCUAAGCUAACCCUCCAAGAUUUUCUUCCUCCUCUGCUUUAAUUUGAUCUUCACAUUAGAAUUUUGUGCAUAUUCUUGAGCCCAGAGCACAGGAUGGAUAAGGUGACGAGAUUGGCUUCAGAGAAAGGGGUGGUGAUCUUCAGCAAGAGCUCAUGCUGCCUGUGCUAUGCUGUCAACAUUCUGUUUCAAGAACUUGGGGUCACUCCCACGGUUCAUGAAAUCGACCAAGACCCCGAUGGAAGGGAAAUGGAGAAAGCCCUCUUGAGGCUGGGAUGCAAUGCUCCUGUCCCAGCUGUGUUCAUAGGUGGAAAGCUCGUGGGAUCCACCAACGAAGUCAUGUCCCGUCACCUAAGCGGCUCCCUCAUUCCCCUGCUGAAGCCAUAUCAGCAGACUUUAUCUUAAUUUUAAUGCUCUGAUACCAUGUGACAAGAAUAAACGUGGCUUUAAACUACUAGUCUCAUGGGCUCUUUAUUAUAUAUGUGUAAUCUUAUGUACCUCCUCGCGUGUUAAAUAGUGAUUGUCUUAUGCAUGUAACCUUCCUUUUCAUAAUGAAGUUAUCGUUUAUUAA